GUGAGAUUAUCGGGGGCCAGGAAGCCAAGGCCCACUCCAGACGCUACAUGGCCUAUCUGGAAAUACAAGACGGGCAGCUUAAAAGAAAAUGUGGAGGGUUCCUGGUGAAGACAAACUUCGUGCUGACGGCUGCUCACUGCAAGGGAAGCAAGAUCACUGUCAAGCUGGGAGCCCAUAACAUUAGUGAACAGGAACGGAGCCAACAGAAAAUCCCCGUGCGCCACCAGAUCCCCCACCAGCAAUAUGACAAGAAGACCCUUAACAAUGACAACAUGCUGCUGCAG